GUUGGUCAAUGCCUCUCUGGUCUGGCAUCCCAGAGCUGCCCCCUGGCUUCAGGUCCAGAGCAACUACUCAUUCAUGCAGCCCUGAACCUUGGCUUCUUCCAGGCUGUAGCUCUGUGUAUGACAGUCUGGUCAGGUAAGGUGGCAGGAGAGCCCUCUAAUUGAGAUACCAGAGUUUCUUUGUUGAUUGAGCACAACAGCCAAACUAAAAACAUACCCAGAGAAGCAGGUUUAGGCCAAAAAAGAUGGUGUACUUUUAGACUAGCCAGCAGAUCCGACUCGCUUGCUUACAGCUGCACUCGGGUAAGACAGCAUUCCUGUGUAGUUUAAGAAACGAAAAAUGGCUCGGAAAACGUACCUCAAUCCAGGAAUAGAAGAAUGCGUUGUACACCGAAUUGUCCUAUUAGCCCAACUGUUACAGAGGAGAUUGUACGACUGCUAGUUUACGGAAAACUGUCUAUUUCGUCCUCAUGCUAGGUAGCAGAAGCCACAGCAGCCAUUUUGGAAUGGCAGUGUCAGCCAAUCGGCUCAUUUGUUGUUCAACGCGACGUGCAAUUCCAUAAUGGCUGCUGUGACUACUGCUAGCUAGCACGAGGACAAAAACGGCAGUUUACGUAAACAGCAGUCUUUCAAUCUUCUAGGUGUUUUCAGUUGGGACAAUUCAGAGGACCACUCCACAGAUCAACGAAGAGACAGAUAUUUCACUUGAUGUAUAUAUGUGACUCAUCCGGUUGGAGUUUCAACUCACUACCAAAUAUGGUGAUGAGAGGAAGCCCAGUGGCCGGCAGUGGGAGAAGAUGGCGUGAGAUAUAUUCUGGCCAAACUUAUCGAUGAAACAUUUGAUCUCCAUACAGUUUUGUUUCCAAAACUAGAAUCUGUAGCAGAAGACUGCGUUUUGUACUUUGCCAAAGUUUAUUAAAAAUGGUUGUUUAGGAGUGCAAGGGCGAAUUGAGUUAUAGCACACGUGCACUUCAGAGUAGGCGUUCCCUAACGGCAAUAUGCAAUAAAUGCUAGAACGUGCCAAUAGGAUCUCACUAGCUUGGCUCUGCCCACCUCUUGCUUGGCUCUGCCCAUUGGAUUAAUUUGCUCCCAUUGGAAACGACAGGCUCUGGUCGAUCUUAGGUUAGUUAAAAAAAAUAUUUGACUAAGCAUUUCUCAUCCCUGGAUUGAGGUACAUUUUCCGAGGCAUAUCUCGCGGCGGCUCUGCAGGGUCUUAAUCUACACAGGAAUGCUGUCUGACCCUAGUGCAGCUGUAAGCAAGCGAGUCAGAUCUGCUGGCUAUCUUUACACAGGCAGAAAAUGAACAGCGGUGCUUUAACCAAUUUCAACUUUUAUGCCUUUCCCUAACACUAACCCUUACCUUCACCUUACUGGAACUAUACCUAACCUAACCCUUGUUCCUUAACCUAACGUUAAAGGUAGACUCAGCUAAAUUAAGGACGCCACGAGCAGCACCGCAGAUAUUGAGAUGCAAGACUUCGCUGUCACACACAGUGUCUGUGCAUGGGUUCGCUUCACUCUGUUCGAGUGUGGUAGGUACAAAACACUGCGGGGAGUUUAGCCUCGCGCUUCAACGCUCUUAGUUUCGGAAAUUGACCCACUAUGCCAUUUACUUUGUGCACCUAUGUCAUAUUGCUGAUUCUACCUUUAACCCUGACCUUAAUUAAUUUCAACCCCUAUGCCUACUCUUAAAUAUUUGUUCAGUCGGUUGAAUAUCCAUUUCCCUACUUUUUUAUGUUUAUCACGUUUUUAUUCACCAGUUACUGUCCCUUUUUAGUAAUGCAGCCCCAGCCAUGCCUGCCUCACCCAUGAAUGAUGAAAGGGGACCUACUAUGCAAAAGCCUCGCAGGUACUGUUCAUGACUAUGGUAUUCCAGCGCCUGCCUUGGACUUCCACUCAUCAGGGUUGUAUAUACACUGCUCAAAAAAAUAAAGGGAACACUUAAACAACACAAUGUAACUCCAAGUCAAUCACACUUCUGUGAAAUCAAACUGUCCACUUAGGAAGCAACACUGAUUGACAAUACAUUUCACAUGCUGUUGUGCAAAUGGAAUAGACAACAGGUGGAAAUGAUAGGCAAUUAGCAAGACACCCCCAAUAAAGAAGUGGUUCUGCAGGUGGUGACCACAGACCACUUCUCAGUUCCUAUGCUUCCUGGCUGAUGUUUUGGUCACUUUUGAAUGCUGGCGGUGCUUUCACUCUAGUGGUAGCAUGAGACGGAGUCUACAACCCGCACAAGUGGCUCAGGUAGUGCAGCUCAUCCAGGAUGGCACAUCAAUGCGAGCUGUGGCAAGAAGGUUUGCUGUGUCUGUCAGCGUAGUGUCCAGAGCAUGGAGGCGCUACCAGGAGACAGGCCAGUACAUCAGGAGACGUGUAGGAGGGCAACAACCCAGCAGCAGGACCGCUACCUCCACCUUUGUGCAAGAAGGAGCAGGAGGAGCAUUGCCAGAGCCCUGCAAAAUGACCUCCAGCAGGCCACAAAUGUGCAUGUGUCUGCUUAAACGGUCAGAAACAGACUCCAUGAGGGUGGUAUGAGGGCCCGACGUCCACAGGUGGGGGUUGUGCUUACAGCCCAACACCGUGCAGGACGUUUAGCAUUUGCCAGAGAACACCAAGAUUGGCAAAUUCGCCACUGGCGCCCUGUGCUCUUCACAGAUGAAAGCAGGUUCACACUGAGCACAUGUGACAGAGUCUGGAGACGCCGUGGAGAACGUUUUGCUGCCUGCAACAUCCUCCAGCAUGACCGGUUUGGUGGUGGGUCAGUCAUGGUGUGGGUUGGCAUUUCUUUGGGGGGCCGCACAGCCCUCCAUGUGCUCGCCAGAGGUAGCCUGACUGCCAUUACGCACCGAGAUGAGAUCCUCAGACCCCUUGUGAGACCAUAUGCUGGUGCGGUUGGCCCUAGGUUCCUCCUAAUGCAAGACAAUGCUAGACCUCAUGUGGCUGGAGUGUGUCAGCAGUUCCUGCAAGAGGAAGGCAUUGAUGCUAUGGACCACCCGUUCCCCAGACCUGAAUCCAAUUGAGCACAUCUGGGACAUCAUAUCUCGCUCCAACGCCACGUUGCACCACAGACUGUCCAGGAGUUGGCGGAUGCUUUAGUCCAGGUCUGGGAGGAGAUCCCUCAGGAGACCAUCCGCCACCUCAUCAGGAGCAUGCCCAGGCGUUGUAGGGAGGUCAUACAGGCACGUGGAGGCCACACACACUACUGAGCCUCAUUUUGACUUGUUUUAAGGACAUUACAUCAGUUGGAUCAGCCUGUAGUGUGGUUUUCCACUUUAAUUUUGAGGGUGACUCCAAAUCCAGACCUCCAUGGGUUGAUACAUUUGAUUUCCAUUGAUCAUUUUUGUGUGAUUUUGUCAGCACAUUCAACUAUGUAAAGAAAAAAGUAUUUAAUAAGAUUAUUUCAUUCAUUCAGAUCUAGGAUGUGUUGUUUAAGUGUUCCCUUUAUUUUUUUCAGCAGUGUAUUAGUGCACACGGAGCAAAAUGUCUUGCAAAUGAAAAUAUACAUUUCUUAUUGGACAAGUUCACUUAGUCCCUUCCCGUUUAGGUCAGUUUUCUUCCACGUUACCGUGAGUACUCUAACCUGACCUUUUUGUCUGGUUGUUUUUCCCAUCAGGUCAUCCAUCCUUGAGCGAUGUAUCCUAAGGAUGUCUACUGCCAGUGUUGCUGUUGGAACCGAGGACAUGGAUGGUAUCAGGAGGUCAGUAUGAAAAAUGUAUGCACUCACUACUGCAAGUUGCGCUGGGAAAGAGUGUCUGCUAAAUGACUAAAAUACAGAUCAUUUUUAUUUUCUUGUCAACCUAAAGAGCACAAUGAAGGGCCUCAGUACCUCAAUCGGUGGAAUACAACCAUUUACCAUUCUACAUUACCCUUCCUCUUUUGAAAUGUAGUGCAUGUUCUCUAUUUAGAUGGAAAAUUCCAUGCACAAUAUUAUUUCCAGCAAUAUUAUAGGGGAAAUCAUGGAGGCUUGUUUUUCCUAGGUCCCAGUCAGGGAUGCGGUGGGUCCCACGAAACCUGGAUCCAGCUCACACAGAAGGCAAUGAAUCGGUUCUGAAACGACGGCAGAAACAGAUUCAGUACGGCAAGAACACGUCUGGCUACCAGAAUUACCUGGAGCAAGUUCCCAAGUAUGACAACUGAUUAUUCUACAAUACAUUUUUAUUGUAACUAGGUUCUGAAAGGGAGCUGAUGGCCUGUGAAGAGCCCACAAAAACACAUUUACUGAACUGUUUAUUGGUUUAAACCUACAGUGCAUUCGGAAAGUAUUCAGACCCCGUGGCUUUUUCCACAUUUUGUUACGUUACAGCCUUAUUCUAAAAUUGAUUUUUUUAAAAGAAUCCUCAACAAUGUACACACAAUACCCAAUAAUGACAAAGCGAAAACAGGUUUUAAGAAAUAUUUGCGACUGUAUUUAAAAAAAAAAAAAAAAAGAUACCUUAUUUACAUCAGUAUUCAGAAACUUUGCUAUGAGACUUGAAAUUGAGCUCUGGUGUAUCCUGUUUCCAUUGAUCAUGCUUGAGAUGUUUCUACAACUUGAUUGGAGUCCACCAGUGGUAAAUGCAGUUGAUUGGACAUGAUUUGGAAAGGCACACACAUGUCUAAAUAAGGUUCCACAGUUGACCGUGCAUGUCAGAGUAAAAACCAAGCCAUGAGGUCGAAGGAAUUGUCCGAAGAGCUCCGAGACAGGAUUGUGUCGAGGCACAGAUCUGGGGAAGGGUACCAAAAAAUGUCUGUAGCAUUGAAGGUCCCCAAGAACACAGUGGCCUCAAUCAUUCUAAAAUGGAAGAAGUUUGAAACCACCAAGACUCUUCCUAGAUCUUGCCGCCCGGCCAAACUGAGCAAUCGGGGGAGAAGGGCCUUGGUCAGGGACGUGACCAAGAACCUGAUGGUCACUGACAGAGCUCCAGAGUUCCUUUGUGGAGAUGGGACAAACUUCCAGAAGGACAACCAUCUCUGUAGCACUCCACCAAUCAGCCCUUUAUGGUAGAGUUGCCAGACGGAAGCCUCUCCUCAGUAAAAGGGACAUGACCGCCCGCUUGGAGUUUGCCAAAAGGCACCUAAAGACUCUCAGACCAUGAGAAACAAGUUUAUUUGGUCUGAUGAAACCAAGAUUGAACUAUUUGGCCUGAAUGCCAAGCGUCAAGUCUGGAGGAAACCUGUCACCAUCCCUACGGUGACGCAUGAUGGCAGCAUCAUGCUGUGGGGAUGUUUUUCAGCGGCAGGGACUGGGAGACUAGUCAGGAUUGAGGGGAAAGAUGAAUGGAACAAAGUACAGAGAUCCUUGAUGAUAAUAACCUGCUCAGGACCUCAGACUGGAGCGAAGGUUCACCUUCAAACAGGACAAUGACCCUAAGCACACAGCCGAGACCUACGCAGGAGUCUCAAUGUCCUUGAGUGGACCAGCCAGAGCCCGGACUUGAACCCGACCGAACAUGCUCUCUGGAGAUACCUAAAAAUAGCUGUGCAGCAAUGCUCCCCAUCCAACCUAACAGAGCUUGAGAGGAUCUGCAGAGAAGAAUGGGAGAAAAUCCCCAAAUACAUUUUUACAUUACAUUUUCGUCAUUUAGCAGACGCUCUUAAUCAGAGCGACUUACAAAUUGGUGCAUUCACCUUAUGAUAGCCAGUGGGACAAGCACUUUACUAUAUAUAUUAUUUUUUUUUAAAAAUUUGGGGUGGUGGUAGGAUUACUUUAUCCUAUCCCAGGUAUUCCUUAAAGCGGUGGGGUUUCAAGUGUCUCCGGAAGGUGGUGAGUGACUCCGCUGUCCUGGCGUCGUGAGGGAGCUUGUUCCACCAUUGGGGUGCCAGAGCAGCGAACAGUUUUGACUGGGCUGAGCGGGAACUGUGCUUCCGCAGAGGUAGGGGGGCCAGCAGGCCAGAGGUGGAUGAACGCAAUGCCAUCGUUUGGGUGUAGGGACUGAUCAGAGCCUGAAGGUACGGAGGUGCCGUUCCCCUCACAGCUCCGUAGGCAAGCACCAUGGUCUUGUAGCAGAUGCGAGCUUAAACUGGAAGCCAGUGGAGUGUGCGGAGGAGCGGCGUGACGUGAGAGAACUUGGGAAGGUUGAACACCAGACGGGCUGCGGCAUUCUGGAUGAGUUGUAGGGUUUAAUGGCACAGUCAGGGAGCCCAGCCAACAGCGAGUUGCAGUAAUCCAGACGGGAGAUGACAAGUGCCUGGAUUAUGACCUGUGCCGCUUCCUGUGUAAGGCAGGGUCGUACUCUGCGACUGUUGUAGAGCAUGAACCUACAGGAUCAGGUCACCGCCUUGAUGUUAGCGGAGAACGACAGGGUGUUGUCCAGGGUCACGCCAAGGCUCUUUGCACUCUGGGAGGAGGACACAACAGAGUUGUCAACCGUGAUGGCGAGAUCAUGGAACGGGCAGUCCUUCCCCGGGAGGAAGAGCAGCUCCGUCUUGCCGAGGUUCAGCUUGAGGUGGUGAUCCGUCAUCCACACUGAUAUGUCUGCCAGACAUGCAGAGAUGCGAUUCGCCACCUGGUUAUCAGAAGGGGGAAAGGAGAAGAUGAAUUGUGUGUCGUCUGCUUAGCAAUGAUAGGAGAGGCUGUGUGAGGAUAUGACAGAGCCAAGUGACUUGGUGUAUAGCGAGAAUAGGAGAGGGCCUAGAACUGAGCCCUGGGGGACACCAGUGGUGAGAGCACGUGGUGCGGAGACAGAUUCUCGCCAUGCCCACCCAGAACUGUGAGGGGUGAGCCAUCCUCAGGAAAGGAACUUGUCAAGCUCAAUGAUGAACUCUCCAAGGGAACCUGGAGGGUGAUAAAUGAUAAGGAUGUUAAGCUUGAAUGGGCUAGUGACCGUGAGAGCAUGGAAUUAAAAUGAGGAGAUAGACAGAUGGGUCAGGGGAGAAAGAGACAAUGUCCACUUGGGAGAGCUGAGGAUUCCUGUGCCACCACCCCGCUGACCAGAUGCUCUCGGGGUAUGCGAGAACACAUGGUCAGACGAGGAGAGAGCAGUAGGAGUAGCAGUGUUUGUAGCGUCAUUCCCAAGAAGACUCGAGGCUGUAAUCGCUGCCGAAGGUGCUUCAACAAAGUACUGAGUAAAGGGUCUGAAUACUUAUUUUUAAUAAUUUUGACAACAUUUCUAAACCUGUUUUUGCUUUGUCAUUAUGGGGUAUUGUGUGUAGAUUGAUUGGGGGGGGGGGGACUAUUUAAUCAAUUUUAGAAUAAGGCUGUAACGUAGUGGUCUGAGAACUUUCCGAAUUCACUGCUACUUGCGAACACAAAAGAUGGAAAUAAAUGUAAGUCUCCGUCACGAGAGUGGGUGGAAUAUGUAUUUUUGCUUGUCUCCCCUCUCUCUGAUAAUAGGCGUCUGAGAAUCCCUGGGCUGCACCCAUCCACUCCAAACAAAUAUAGAAAAUACAGCCGCCGAUCUUGGGACAUGCAGGUUCGUCUUUGGCGGAGAGCUCUGCAUGGGUGGGACCCUCCAUCUAAAGCGCAGAGAGAAGCCAAGGGACUGGAAGGACAGGACCCUGUUGACCAACUGUAGGUAUUGGGUGAUUUUACGUUUGUAAUGGUAUUUCAUUGUCUUAAGUUGACCUCAUCGUUGCUUGACUAUAUGCAGGAAGGGGUUGCUUGAGCAGAUGAAUUGCAAGCUAUAUGAAGACAGUGGUGUUAAAGAGGGGGCCAAAGGGAGAGGGGUGCCUUCAGAUUCAAAAGCCCCCUUCACCCCUAAACCUGCUGCAAUGUCAUUCAACAGUCCCUGGAUGCUGCCCCAUGGAUCCCAGGUCUGAGUUUUACUGUUCUUAGGUUAGCAGGCAUUUUCUUGUUUGGAGACAUCCAUUCACUGUGUGGUUUGGUUCUUUAGGUGGAUGUGUCUGGUCCUCAAGUCCCAUCCAAGCCAGGCUUGGGGUACUCCUUUAGCAGUGGCCUAACAGCUGAAGAGAAUGUUUUGGGGUGGCUGAGAUUUCUCCUGGAAACGGACCACGAUCAACAAGUGCCCAUGCAGGGAGACCGGCUACCGUGGAAACCAUAC